AAUCAGCAUGAUCAUAACCUUUGCUUCUAGUUAUUAUAUACAUAAAAAAAAUGGAUUCUAUUCUUCAACAAUUGAUUAAUAUUGGAUUUUCAAAAGAAAUAAGCUUGAAGAGCAUUGCCAUAAAUGGAAAGAAUGACCUAUCUAAGUUGAUUAAUUGGAUUGUGUCUCAUAAUCAAGACCCCUUAUUAAAGAAAGAUGAAGAUCUAAAUUAUAUAGUUUUGUUAUCAUUUUCUCCUAACUGUUGUACAAGUAAUUACCUGGUUAAACAAAUUUAUGACUAUCUAGUCAAUCAUUUGAAUGUUUAUCCAUCAACAUGUGAUUAUUAUUUUUCAAUUCCUUUGACUCCAAUGUUUACGGUAUCGACUAAGAACAUAAACAUUUUACUGGAAGUUUUUGAUCAAUCAUCCACCGUGAUCCAAAGAUUGAAAAGGACUCACCUAUCCUUGACCCCUUACAUGAACGAAUACAUGAUCGGUUGCGCUCUCAGCAAAGACUUUCAGGAGAUUAUUCAAGAAUUCUCGCUCAAACUGAUCGAUUUAUUAAAGAGCAAAAAUAUACUCAAAACCAUAACUCCCGUUCCGCUUUACUCCUUAUUGUGGGACAGAUCGUGCUCCCCGAUAAGUCAAGACAAACUCGUCUUCCCAAUCCUAGCUUCGGUUGAUCCGGAUUUACUAUCCGAUCCCGAAAAGCGGGUAGACUCUUCCAAUAUGGCCGCUAGUCCGAAUACUCCUCCACCACCACAUUUUACGCCGCUCCAACAACUGCUGGAGAAUAAAAUGGACAACACGAAAUUCCAGGAAUUGUCCAAUAAGCUUAAGGGUUUGCUCAACACCUACUGUUAUCCCCAAGGGCUCUUCCCUGUCGAUAAAAAUGGCGAUAAUGAGUUAGAUUGCUUAUCACCUGACGCCUUCAGUAUAAAUCUACUUUCCAUCGACGACACACUCAAUCAGUGCCAAAUAUUUAGAUCACUGGUCACCCCGGCUAAGGAACACGAAAACUCGGCCUCGUUCAAGCCGGUUAACGAUAUUUCUCGAAUAGAUAUUCGCUCCCUGACUGGUAGCCCUAAAUGCAGUUCGGUCUACGCGGUUCACAACGUCAAUCUUUUUGAUGACGACGACGAACUUUUAUGCGUACCUGCUACCAUUCCUCGAAGCGAGUCGGAUUCUCUGCUCGUUAAAAUCGGCGGGAUCGUCAAAGUUUUGUCUAGCGGCGAAGUUAGCCAGGAAUUGCGCGUGGAUGAUGCCAUUUUGGCGGGAACUCGCUCCUCCGGAGAACGGAAAUCGAGGGCGUUGAUCUCCAGCAAAUCCCAAUCCGUCAAAGCCAUAUCCCACAAAACGGGACUUUACAGAACUGUUCAUACGGAAUGGCUGCGUAAAGUGCCCAAGAUAUGUGCUUGGAAUGUUAUAGAUACAAUCUACCUUUGUCUUCCUCCGGAAAACGUGGCUACAUCUAACGGGGUCGAAAACUAUUCUCAAGUAGACGGGGCUCCUUCUAGGAGAAAUAGGAUCUUGUCGAAGAUAGACUUCUACAGGAUGUUUACCAAAUACCAGGAUUUCUCUAGGUCUAUUCCCGAAGAACUAUCGGAAUGGUGGAACGUGGCUAAGCCUGAUCACGAAAUCGACUUUGAGGCGGAAAAAUUGACCGUGAAACAUAGGUACUUAUUGUUGCGGCACGGAGAGAGGUCGGAUCAAACGUUCGCGCCCGAUUGGUACGAUUCGGUCUUCAAAUCCGAAACGUGUCAAUAUUUUAAAAAGAUCCGCUUCUACGAGACUCUAAAUUGGGUGUACUGCUCUCCGUCACUCAGGUGCGUUCAAACUGUGCAUUACAUUCUUAAAGGUUUAGGUUUAGACGAAGCGCUCAAGAUACGAAUAGAACCGGGGCUUUUUGAAUGGUAUGGAUGGCAUCGAGAAGUUAAACCCGUGUUUAUGAGUCCUCAGAGAUUCAAAAAUUGCAGCUUCAAUAUAGACACUACAUACGUUACGAUGAUGCCUGAGGUUCAAUACAACCCCAGCGAAACGUUAGAAGAAUAUUACGCAAGAGGGGAAAAAUUCAUGAGGCUCCUAGCUAAGAGGCAUGAUCAACAAGAGGGAGAUUUCUUGAUAAUGGGUCACGCGGCUACUUUAGAGGUCAACACUUUUCCCAUUUUGACCGCGACCACCAAUCCCCAAAAACGCAGCAGAGAUUACCAAGAAUUUCACGAGAUACUUCAAAAAACGCCCUACCUAGCGUGCACUCGCAUAGACGAACGUCUCGAUGGCUCCUGGGCAUGGCCACCUAUCCCUCCCAGCUUACCCGUCACUUACCUCAAGAAUAUGUCUUACGAUUGGACCGUUCUGAGUAGCUCGAAAUGAUUUUUUUGGCGGGAUUUUUUUAAAUUUCUCCGCAAACUGAAUCCAUUUUUUAGAAAAACCCUUUUAUCUUGUUUUCUUAAUUCUAAUACCUUUACAAUAACAAUUGUCCGCCAUCUUGGAACGAAUUGAGGAGGGUUAAUCAAUCUCAACAUUUUGCCGCAUCUAAGACCGUAAUAACUGGUCAAAUUAUAGCAAAGUUUAGGUGUUGGUCUCGUAUAAUUUUGUGAUAUUUUAUAGAAUCUUUUUUUAAAAUUUAUUCUAUCAACUUAAACAAAUAUUUACAUAUAAAAAUAUUAUAUUUUUUUAAUAAAAUUAGAAUGAAAUGUGUUUUGAUUUUAAAAAAAUUUUCCUAUCAUUAUUAUUAAGGCUUAUAUAAUUAUAAUGAUAAUAUAUUUAUUGAUAUUCACUUUUUUUCUCAUCUAAUAAUUUACACAAACUUACCCUAUACCAAGCAUUCUAUACUCAUUUCCGGUUUCGAAGUUGAAUCCCAAUACGUGACGCCAUUUAUAAAUUUAUGAGAAAAAUUUUUUAUUUGAAUUUAAAUUACAUUUUUAUCCGCAUAUAAUUUUAUUAAUCCUAUUUAUAUUCCAAAAACAUGAAUUCAUCUCACAAAAAAUUUUUUUAACAGGGUUUUAUAAAUUAAAUUUUUACCAUUAUUUUGUAAUUCAUUUACCAAUUUCGAUUUAAUAACAUGUUGACUGGGUUUUCUUUAU